AUGGCUUUGGUGGCCGGACCAGGCAGAGGGGGAAGUCACCUUUCUAGCGGCAGCUCGCCCGCGCCCGCUGGCCUGGUCAUCGACAAACAUGUCAAAUAUAUCCAAGGUUUGGAUAGUCGAAAAGAUGAGCUCGACUACUGGUUGACCGAGCACCUGCGACUUAACGGCGUCUACUGGGGCCUCACCGCUCUUCACCUCUUGGGUCAUCCAGAUGCAUUGCCGCGGGACAAAACACUACAUUUCGUGUUUGCCUGUCAAAAUCAAGAUGGAGGCUUCGGUGCCGCUCCUGGCCACGACUCCCACAUGCUGUAUACCGUCAGCGCCGUCCAGAUCCUCGCAACAAUCAAUGCUUUGCCUGAGCUCGAAAAUCGCCGAGAAGGAGGAAAGGAGCGGAUCGCACAAUACAUUGCCAGCCUCCAGGAUCCCAACACUGGUACAUUCGCCGGAGAUGAAUGGGGUGAGACCGAUACCCGCUUUCUCUAUGGCGCCUUCAACGCCUUGUCCAUCCUGAACAUGAUGCACCUCGUCAACGUCGAAAAAGCCGUGUCCUACAUCCAGGCGUGCGCCAACUUCGAUGGCGGGUUCGGAAGAGCUCCUGGUGCAGAAUCGCACGCGGGUCAGAUAUUCACCUGCCUUGGCGCUUUAAGCAUUGUAAGACGGCUUGACCUGGUGGACACUACGCGCUUGGGUGCUUGGUUGAGUGAAAGACAGCUGUCUAAUGGUGGACUCAAUGGUCGACCUGAGAAAUUGGUGGAUGUGUGCUACAGCUGGUGGGUGCUGAGUAGCCUUGCCAUGCUGGGGAAGCUUCACUGGAUCAAUGCUUCUCAAUUGACCAAGUUCAUCUUGACGUGUCAAGACCCGGAGCACGGAGGCAUUUCGGACAUGCCGGGCGAUAUGGUCGAUGUCUUCCAUACUGUCUUUGGAGUCGCCGGUCUAAGUCUGCUCGGCUAUCCAGGUCUAGUUGAGGUUGACCCCGUCUAG